UGCAACAAAACAAAAACUUAAAAAGUCCCAAAGAAAGAAAAAAAAUGUCAGGAAGAGGAAAAGGAGGGAAAGGGUUAGGCAAAGGAGGAGCGAAGAGACACAGGAAAGUUCUAAGAGACAACAUCCAAGGAAUCACAAAGCCAGCGAUACGUCGUCUAGCUCGAAGAGGAGGAGUGAAACGUAUCAGUGGUCUGAUCUACGAAGAAACGAGAGGUGUGUUGAAGAUCUUUCUCGAGAAUGUGAUUAGAGAUGCUGUGACGUACACUGAACACGCUAGGAGGAAGACUGUUACUGCCAUGGACGUUGUUUAUGCUUUGAAGAGACAAGGAAGAACUCUUUAUGGAUUCGGUGGUUGAGUUUUUUUAAUUAAAUUUCUGGGUUUUUGUUGUUGUUGUUGAUGAUUAUGUGUUUUUAAGUCUUGCUGUCAAGAAAUUUCGGAAAUUGGGAUGAAGUUUUUAGGGGUUGUAAUUAGGGUUUGGGUAAUUGCUAGUGGAUGUAAUGAAGUUCUCAUUUGGUUAAUGAUA